AUGGGUCGAAAAAAAUGCGAGACAAAUAAAAUUGAACGUGAACUAAUUCUGCGGUUGCAUAAUCAAUGCCAAUCAUUACGUCAAAUAUCAAAAAUUGUCAACAGAGCUCGUAGCACUGUGAAAGACGCGAUGGAUCGAUACAGUGAGCGGAAAAGUCACGUAAAUAAGCAACGAUCUGGUCGUCCAAAAAAACUUUCUGACCACGAUAAACGUACAGUUUAACGAAAAAUCAAAUUCAAUCCAAAAAUAAGCGCUCCUAAAAUAGCACAAGAUCUUGCGAAUUUUUUUGGAGUACGUGUUUGUGUAAGUACAAUUAGAAAUUGUUUAAAAAAUAGUGAUUAAUAGUGAUGGACGAGUAGGUAGUCGAAAAUAUUUUGUAAAAAAAAAAAAAAAAGGACAAAAGAGAUUUGCUUUUGCAAGAGAUAACUUACAUCAAUCUGAUAACUUUUGGAACAAAGUUAUAUUCACAGACGAAAGUAGAUUUAAUAUUUUUGGCUCUGAUGGAAAACGUUUUGUUUGGAGAAAAGCGAAUACAGAAAUGGAACCAAAGAAUUUACAGCCUACAGUGAAAUACGGAGGAGGAUCUGUAAUGGUUUAGGGAUGUAUGAGUGCUCAGGGUGUUGGAAACUUGCACUUUAUUGAUGGAAUUAUGAACCAAUAUAUUUAUUUAAAUAUUUUGAAGACAAAUUUUGCAGCUAGUGCCGAAACAAUGGGCAUCAAAGAUGAUUUCAUAUUUACACAGGACAAUGAUCCCAAGCAUACUGAAAAAAAAGUUAAUGCUUGGUUGUCGAACAAUGUAACUGAAUAUCUUGUGACGCCACCACAGUAUCCAGACAUUAAUCCUAUUGAGAAUUUGUGGGAUUAUUUGGACAGAAAAAUUCGAGAUCACAAUAUUUCAAGUAAGGAAACUCUAAAAAAAAUAUUUCAAGUAAGGAAACUCUAA